AUCAAUGUUUACAGUGAACUUGGGACACUAGCUUUCGGCUAGCACAGUGUUGAUAACAUUUGCACACUGUCUGUGAAAUAGCACUUGAACUUGACGGCGACUCUCUCUCAAGCCAUGUACAAAGCCAAAGGAUCAGAAAGGAGGCCUGAAGAUGAAAAAGAACAAGAAGAGACAGAAAGUGAAAAAGAGGAUGAACUGGGUCCUGAAGUGUCAGAGCUGAGACUCGUUCUAAUUGGAAAGACUGGCUCUGGAAAGAGUGCCUCUGGUAAUACCAUUCUAGGUAACAGGGUCUUCCUAUCAGAGCUUUGUGCCAGCUCUGUAACCCAAGUAUGUGAACAAGGAUGUGUGAUGACGACUGAAAGAGAAGAGGGCAUAGAUGAGAAAAGACAAGUUAAGAAACAGAGACUGGUGGUAAUCGAUAUGCCAGGAUUUGGUGACACACGUUUCGACUCUGGCCAGAUCCAUGCCGAAAUUGCCAAAUGUGUUACUCUGUCCUCUCCUGGGCCCCAUGCUUUCCUUCUGGUGAUCCCCUUGGGCCGCUACACUGAAGAUGAGGCUAAAGCUGCCAGGGAAAUGGCACAGGUGUUUGGCGAGGGGGCUCUUAGGCACCAUACACUCAUCCUAUUCUCCCGGGGGGAUGACCUGGAAGGCAGAGACCUACGGGAGUAUGUGAAAGGCUCUGCUCCCGAUGAGCUGAGGGCUCUCUUGGAGAAGUGUGGUGGCAGACACCACGUCCUCAAUAACAGAGACCCUAAGAACAGGGAGCAGGUCAGGGUUCUGCUGGAGAAGGUGCAGAAGAUGGUGGAAGAAAAUGGUGGCGGCUGCUACACCAAUGCCAUGUUUCUGGAGGCCGAGGCUGCAAUCAGAGAGGAGCAGGAGAGGCUGAUGCGAGAGAGAGGACAGGCGGGGGGGGAGGAAGCGGAGGAGAACAAGAACCCACCACCUGAGAUGACACUGGCAAAGAGGAGGAAGAGAGAUCUAGAGGAGGGGGGGCUGCCAGGACAGGGGGGUCAAGGUGGUGUAGCAAGACACACGGGGUUCCAGAGAAGUGACCUGGAGUUCUGGCAGGAAAAUGAGGAAGAGUUGGAGGCGGACAGGUGGAGACAGGAGAGAUGGACGGAGGAGAGAAGCGGAGAUAUGUGGGCGCUGCUGCAAGACAGGGGACAGAGGUGGAGAGCCAGGAGGAGGGGGAGCAGCGGUCGAUCCCUGAGUCGUCGAGAUUCCUUCCGCUCGGCGUUGGGCCGGGUCCGGAGGGAGGCCGCGCUCUCCGGGAAGGUCCUGGAGAAGGUGAAGGUCCUCGUGGCGGCGGGGGCCACGGGCAUGGCCGUGGGGGUGGUGUUCGGAGCCGCCGCGCCCUUUGCUGUGGCAGCCGGCGCUUCCAUGAUGGGGAACACUAUGGGGCUGGUGGCAGGCCAGCUAGCGGGGAUGUCUACAGCCGGAGGAGCCGGUGUGGGAAAGGCUGUGGGGGCCAUAGUGGCCGCAGCCACUGGGAAGACAGCCUUCGCUCUGGGAGCAGCCACCGGUGGGGUCCUGGGAGGGUCAGUAGGUGCUUUAGCAGGAGCUGAAGCCGCAGGCCCUAAAGAGGCUGCUCUGGAUGCCCUAGGACAGGUGAGUGUUAUCGGAGCAGGUGUAGUCGGUGUGGCGGCAGGGGUUGGGGGUGCCAUGGGCGCAGGGGCAGCGCUAAGUGCUGCCGUUGGCACUAGUGCACUGACAGGGGCUGAAGUCUCCAGUGGGGCAGCGGCAGCAGCUGCAGUGGCCAACUCCACGGCUGCACAGGGCGUGGUGGGGCAGCAGGCCGUAGCAUUAGGGGGUGGUGUGGGUGGUGUGUCGGGGGCUCUGCAGGCUGUGGCAGACGUGGUGGCUCCAGCAACUCCAGCUGGGGCUUUGUGUGCGUCAGGGGCUCUUGGCACCAUGGGAGCAACGGCGCGGAUCAUGACCGCAGUGGCAGAGAUCGGGAAAGCAGCAGCUGGCAUCGCCCUAGCCGGAGGCCUGGUGGUGAAGGUGGUGAAGGAGAGGGUCCGCACCGGCACAGCCACCACAGAGGCCAACUACUCUGAGAAGAAGUCUUAUGAGAUUUACUGGAAUAAAUAAGUAUUUGACUGACGUAUGAUGAAAUCAAAAAGCUGACAUGAAAUGAUAGCUCUAAACAAAAAAGUUUACUUGCAUAACUAUUAAUAUUAUUAUAAUAAUAUUAGCUUUUUCCUAUUUUGUUCCUUUGACAUUCUAAUAAUCAUGCAUAUAAUACCUCUGAUAGAAAAUAACUAUGAACAAUCAAAUUAUCCACACAUUUCCUUUGACUGACAGUAUUGCAUUUACUUUUAUUGAUUGUUAUUGAAAUUUGGUGUAGUCCUGAUGCAUCGGCACAUCACUAAAUUUUAACCUGACAGAUUUAUUACACUUUGACAGGGUGUUCCCAUACAUUCUCACCUAGUUGUCUUGAGCUGUUGUCUUGAGUAUUCUCAAAUCAAUGGUUCAUUAAUAGGGUUGUAUAAGCUAUAAGCUAGAUAAAUCCAUCACCUGUGUUAUCCUGUGUGCCUUGAAUGACAUAUUGGUAUUUCUCCCACAAGCAGUCAUACAGUUUGUAAAGUUUGCACAAUAAAGGGAAACAGUAUUUUAAA